AAGUGUGAAUAUCUGAUGCAAAUAACUUUAUAUGACGCGUAACAUUUCGCUUUCAAUUCGUAAUAUAUGAAAUCGUCCAACAUAUUAGAUUCUGAAAAAGAUUCAGCAUUCGAAGGAGAGUGUCGAAUGAAUUCGUUAACAAGGAUAACGAGGUUGUUUAAUAUACAUUUAAUAUUUAAUAUUAAUUCGAAAUGUGUAAUUUUGAUGAAGUUCAAUAGUAUCUUGUCAUUUUCCUGAAUCAAUACACGAGCAAAUUUUAACUGCUAAUUUUAAUCUGUAACUAAUUUGUGUGUAGUUAUACAUUUAUUUUAUACAUACAUAUCAGACGUUUAUUGAUUAAAUUAUUAACUAAAAUGUUAUUACGUUGUAAUGUAGUUAUUAUUUUGUAAAAACUUUGUGUUAUGAUGUUUGUUGUUGAAAGUACAGAUAUUCGAGAGAAUUAUGUAUAUGCGGACUCUUCCGAGCGCUUUUAACAGUCUCGUUGAGAAGACAGUAAAGAUCGAAACGGAGGAACCACGAUUUGUUAUCGAGUCGGUAAAAUAUAAAAGUUAUUCAAGCCACACAAAAUUUGGAAUUAUAUUAAAUAUUUGAAAUAAAUGCACUACAGAUUGCUAGGUGACCUUUUGGGAGUUGAAGACUACAAGACUAAUAAAGCUGCUCUUUGGUUUUUGGAUAUCUUAGCUCUUCAAGUUAUACGUUACAAAAAUUGUCUAGAUGAUCAUUACAGAAGUAUAUUAAUUAGCUGGUUGGUUGGAGAAAUGAAAUUAAUUCGAGAUAAGAAGUUACUUCGGGAAGACUUUUUCAAAGAAAUAAAAAUAUUAUUUCUCCUCGUUGCUGAGAAAUUAUCUAAUAACGAUCGAUUGCUGCAUUGGGAGUUACUCGUGGACGCAUAUUCGGAAAUUAUGUCACAAAAUUCUACCACCGAUGCAUCUGCAAACAGUGAAGCGGAAUAUUUAAUUACGAAUAAAUUCUCUACGAAGGAAUUAAUUACAGAAGAUGCCAAAUAUAUGUCUCAAGAGAAUAAAUUUUCCUUUAUCGAAAGAGAUCUGACAAAUCACAGCAACGGAAGUGUAACAAAUGAUUUGCAAGAGGAGUUACCGAAAAACUUUAAAACUUUAUUAACUACAGAAAAUUUGCAAAAGGAUAUUUUCACAGAUACAAACGCAAUCGUCGGAUCUUCUAAUUUAACGAAUCCUGUCGACAUCCUAAAUGUAAUUGUUGAAGCAACAUACAAUAUGUAUGCUAAUGAACUGCGAUAUGCCCUUAUAUAUGCAGUUUUUGUAAAACCGAUACAGAUACAAAUUUUUCAUAUGCCUCAUGUUUUCCGAAUACCACGUCAAAUCAAACGGGCGGAUCCUAAAGGAUCGUUUGAAAUGCAGCUUCGCGAACGAUUGGAAAAGAUUGCUAGUGAACCAAUAAUUAGCAAUGGCAAAAAAAGUAAAGGAGAGAAAAUGACUGAUGCGAGAAAGGGGCAAACAAUUAAAGAUUUAGAUACGAAAAUUCCUCGGACACCACCACCUUCGUUAAUCGAGGAAGAAAUGUUAGCCGGUAAUCGCCAAUUUAUUUUACCAUUGAUAGAAGCGAAUGAAGCGGCACAAAUCUAUGAAAUGCAUGCAGAAAACAUGUAAUGUAAUAAAUACAUAAGAU